GCGGGCCUUAAUUACGUCACGUCACCUCUGCUUUUUUUCCCUCAAAGACUCCGCUCUUAACGGUAGUGUGCCUCUCGGAUCCGAAAAAGACGUGUCCUUUACGAUUGAAACAGUUUAUGGGAAAUUGGUCACAAUACUGAGCACUCUUGUGCUCAUCCAACAGCAGCUGAGAGACAAGGCGUUUUUUCUUUCAGGUUUGUCAAGGCGCAGCAGCCAGUCUCUCACCCUGGACACGUUGAUCAGACAGAGCACUCCUCAAGGCGCUCAUCACUGAGGAUUACAGGAUAUAUAUCGAAUCGACGUUUCUGUUUAGUGUUAAAGAUGUUCCAGGUUUGUAGAUUAUUUUGGCAGGGACAUAUAUUUUACCAAAUGAAACAAGGAAGGUAUCUUAUAUAAGGCGAAUAAUAGAAAGGAGCGGAUAGUCGAUUUGACGUUUGCCUCUUUCAAAGGCUGCAUGUGAUAUCCGAAUCCAUCAUCAUCAACGCUAACGGUAACGUUAUAGCGGUGUUAAAACGUUAUUGAAGAUAUUGGUCGAUAGCUAACUCUCACAUUUGUGUGUUCACUACCUUGAUACUAACCAUCAAUGUGGCGAAUUUAUUGGUCUUCAGAGAAAGAUAUCAAAGAAGCUGACAGCUACUUUAACGUUAGCGGCUUCAGACAGCUCGUUUAAUUGUUAGCUACCAGCUAACGUUAGCUAGCUAAUAACGGGCUCAUUUGAAAACCAGAUCCUUCAUUUAAUAUGCAUUUAAUUGUUGCACCUUUAUCAAGUACCAUUUACUCUAGUAUGACAGUAGAGGGGACGUGGUCCUCGUAGCUGGCCAGUUAGCCAGCUCCCAUAGCUAGCUGACCGCGCCACAUUCUGAAUUUUAUAUCACCAUUAUCUGGCUAGCUAGCCGCCACUAUCAACCGAUACAUCUGCGGUCCCAUAAUAUGCCAGUUAAAGGUUUGGGGGACAACGACAUAAGUAUACUAACGUUAGCUGAGAUAUAUCGUUUUUCGAGAUGGGCAUAUGCUAUAUUCAUGUCUUUAUAUAGAAAUAGAGUAUUAGGCUACUUGAGUGGUUAAGCAGCUUAAAGUUUUUUUCACGUUAUAAGGUUAGCCAAGUUGCUGGCAGGGCUUUGCGCACACUGAAUACAGUCAGUGAGGUGUUAUUCUCCGUCACCUGAUUUUUUCCGAGCAAUUAUUUUAGUAGUUAUUCAGCACAAUGGACGAAGAUAACGGAGAUGAUGGUAUGAACGUCGGCGUGGCUGAGGAGCCCAUGCCUGGUUAUGUGGAACUCCUCACUAAAGCAUAUACCGUCAUGGCCAGUGCCUUGAAGGACUGUAGCGACUGCGGGCUGUCGCUCUCCAGAAGGACUCUGCUGGACAAUGCCUACAUUACCUGGACCGAGAUGGGACUGUUCUUUAUCUGCGCUGUUAUGUGGACGCAGAUGCGACGGGGGCUGACCGAAUGCUUAUUCAAGCCGUUUGCACAUAGUUGUUGUCUCCAGCCCAAAGACACUGCCAAGAUGCCGGAGAGUACGUGGAAGCUGGUCUUCUACACCAUGUCGUGGUCCUACAGCACCUACCUUCUCUUCUUCACCAACUACACCUUCUUUUACAACCCACCCUCAGUUUUCUACGACUGGAAGAGUGGCAUGUCAGUGCCCACAGACAUCGCCAUCGCCUAUCUGAUCCAGGGCAGCUUCUACGGGCACUCCAUAUACGCCACCGUCUACAUGGACGCCUGGAGGAAAGACUCCCCUGUCAUGGUGGUCCAUCAUGUGAUCACUCUGGCUCUCAUUACAUUCUCCUAUGCCUUCAGAUAUCACAACAUUGGGGUUCUGGUGCUCUUCCUACAUGACAUCAACGACAUUCAGCUGGAGUUCACCAAACUCAACGUCUAUUUCAAGACCCGCGGUGGGAGCUACCACCUGAUCAACGACAUCCUCUCCAACAUGGGCUCUGUAAGCUUCAGCAUAACCUGGUUUUGGUUCCGUCUGUACUGGUUCCCCCUUAAGGUUCUCUACGCCACCUGCGUAUCCAGCCUUCAGUUGGUGCCCAACAUCCCCUUCUACUUCUUCUUCAACGCUCUGCUGCUCGCCCUGCUCCUCAUGAACAUCUACUGGUUCCUGUUCAUCGUGCUGUUUGUGGUGAAGGUGUUGACGGGCCAGAUGACGGAAGUGAAUGACGUGCGAGAGUAUGAAGUAGAGGACCCCUCUCUGCUGAAGGCUGGAAAGCUCAAGAAGCAGAGCCCUGAUGCUGGCCAUCAGAACAACGUGGAAGGGAAACACAUCCAGAAUGGGAUCACCAAGGAGAAGCAUCUAUAAGGGCCUCUCUAGCACCACCUCCUGGCACAUACCUAGAAAUACAAUUAAACUAGAUCUACAUUGACUUGUGCUCCAAGUUGCUAGAUGGUUUUGCAGGAAACAAAAACACAUUUAGACAUUGAAAUGUUUUCAGUUACACUAUUCUAUUAUUGUUUUUUUUAUUAUAGCACUGUGAAUGUUAUUUCAGGUGACUUAUGUCUUAUACAUUACUUUUUGGAGAAAAAAAAAGGUGUAAGUUCUGUGAAGUUCCUCUUGUUUGGUGGGUGUAUAUAGAAAUAGUGUCAUCUCUUUCACCAAGCUGAAACAGCGGAAGAGACCUCUGUUUCUUAACCUCAACGUGUAAAACAUCCCUCAACAGUGCGGGGACUUAUAGCAUUCACAGUAACACUGGUGAAUUGUGCUUUGUCGAGACCCGAACAUAUUUAAUCUUCUUUUAAGAGCCGGUGGCUUUUAUUUUUCAUUUUUUUUAUUUGAUAGUUGAUUUUCGUUUUAAUUCCAGGAGUGACGGCUGUAUAAAGGGAAACAUUGGUGUAUUUGUAUCCUGUCUGAGAGAGAGAGAGAGAGAAAGAGAGGGAGAGGAAGACAAAGAGAAAGAGAGGGGACAAUGAGAGUGUGCAUGUUUAAAAGCUGGUUUAAUUUCCUGCAGACAUGCACUGAUGAUCCAUAUCAUUGCAUUGGUGACUCCAGACCAAAUGGACUUUUCUCAGCCUGACCUGUUGUUCUUGCGCGAGCCACAUCUUUGUAGUAAUGGUGUGCUUGAAUGUGAAAAAAAUACACGAUUUUAAGGGAAUUCUUUUUGUUUUCACUUUUUUUGUGUGGAUAAAUAGGGAUUGAUAAUGUUGCUUGCAUUCCUGUCUGGGGAAAAUGUGGCGUCACAUUUUCUGAUUUUAUAGCAUCUGUUGUUGCACUGAAAUGAAGGCAUACAAGCUGACCACUGAUUACGUAUGAUCUGACAUAGCAGGAAUUGAUUGAAUGGGUUGCAUAAUCUAUUCCAAAGGAAAUUUGGAUGGUUCUUCUUUUUCUUUGAAAAACCGUGAAUAACAGAAACCAAUUGACAUGACUAGCCCUUGAACUUUGUGUAAAUCCUUUGGCAAAUACAAAUAUAUAUGCACAUAUGGUAUUCUGGAAAUGCAUGAUAUUGGAAUGGCUCCAAGUAUGUUAUGAAGUAGUCCUAUGACAAAAGAUAAAUGAAAACUAUUUAAAUGUACCUAAUCGACAUGCGACGUCACUCAAGAGCAGAGACCACAGUCAUACAUACAAAGAAAAUCUACUUGCCUACAUACUGUUUUGAAUGUUUUCAUGAGUUUAAAUGUGUGUGUUUGCACCGUGCUGAGACCAAGUGCUGUCAUUUUGAUCAAAUCCAUGCUACUGUUUUUUAUCUCUCGUCAUGAUGGACAGCAUGCUUGUGCUGGAACAGGCCACAGAUGCCAGUAGAGAAAGGAGUCCAACAUCCAUGGACGUGUCUUCCAUUCUCCGGACUAGCCACUCCACUAGUCUGCUGGGGAAACUAGCUUUCCAAUUUUUGUCAUUUUGGACAUUGUUAUGAUCUGAGUCGCUGCUGUUUUUUUUUUUUCUCUCUCUGAGAACACUGUGUGUAGAUGUCUUGUCCUUCUCCUGUUGUAUGCAUUGGUUAACUGUUUGUACAGAUGAGGUGCCCUUUGUCUACCAUGGUACUGUCCACAGUGUGCACUUUCUUUGGUCUCUGCCCGUCUCCUCAUGGACCGUCAUACGAACACACCACGAGGGAGCUAAACAGUCUUGCAGUGGGCAAUUGACAAUAUUGCAUCAAUUCUAAUAGUAAAUUAUCAGUCGAUUUUGAAAACUUUUUGGGUUGUAGAACUCUUUUUUUUUUUUGCAGAUUUGGCCGAUUUAAUUUUCUGGCAUUGGAGCACGAAUUCAUCCAGGUUUGGGUUAAAAAUGUGGACCUGACUUUGCUUACAAAGUCUGAUUCUAUGCAUUUUAUUUGAUGGUGUAGUAUGUAUCUUUCGAGAAUGUGCCAAAUAUGAACUUGUGAACCACUGAGAAGUGUUAUGACAGAAACCUGGGAAGAAACAAGGAGAUUGGGGCUGCCCCCCAGGUGUUUCUUACAAAUUGCACUGUAAUUUAUUACUAUUAUUUUUAUUGUUCAUUAGGAAAUAGGGAAGAUACUGGGGGAUUUUCAUGAACUAGUUUCAUAUGACUUGGAUCAAAUGAAGUAUUAAAUAUUGUGUUUUAACUUUUUUUUUUUUUAAACUUGGACCAGACACUUGUACUCGAGGAUCCAUAUCUGCCCUUUUCCCCCGUAACAUCAUGAUCUGACCACUUUCUAAAAUUUGACCACUUGGGUAUGACAGGUACUUUCUCUUUUGUAAUGAAACAGUUUUAAUAAUUCCAUUGAACCAGUGUUAUUGUAUUGUUUUCCCAUUCAAUUAAAAACGUCUGAGGAAAAAAAAAA